CGUACUCGGUUACGCCAAUCUCACGUAACAUUUCCUUCCCCAACUUCGCACUCUCGAAUUCCCGGUGACUCCCAAGUCUCAGUCACGAAAGAAAAACAACGUCACAUUACACACACGCACGCACGCAACUAACACAACAGGAACAUCAACAACAACAACAAGAAAAAUUUCACAAACCUUAAAAUCUUGUCAUUUGGUUUCACACCCACAGAGAGAGAGAGAGAUUCUUUCAGAGAAUCGCAUUGAAUCCAUUUUCGUAAAACAUAACAUAACAUGUCUAAUCAUCAUCAUUCCUCCAAUCCCUUCGCAUCAUCCUCAUCCACUCACUCCGAUUCCGAUUCCGACUCAGUGAGUUGCUUCGUCACCGAUCUCUUCGAAACUCGCCUCUGCUCCUGCGACGACGACACUGACAUAAACCCCUUUUCCGACGUCGUUUGCGACCUCCACCGUACGGAGCAUGUGUUAGGGUUAGGGUUUGGCGUUGAAAUUGAUCCCCAUAGCCAAACGAAUGGGGAUAAUCAUCAUCGUGAUCGGGUUUUCGAUGCUGAUAGAGUUUUCAAUUUCACGGUGGGGGAUGGUUCGAGCGGGGUUAGGGUUGUAGGGUUUGGUUUGGAUUCCGAAUCGAGUAGCGAGGAGGGUGGGAUUCGCGAUGGCGGUGGGUUUGAGGAUUUCGAUGCUCGAUUGUGUUGGGAUAGUCUCUGUUUGGAGGAUCAGAGGACGCUGAAUGAGGGGUUUGAAUGGGAGGAGGUGGAGGAGAGGGUGAACGAGAGAGAGGAUUUGGGUUUGGUGGUUGAUGAGGUUGAGAUUGAAAUUGAAGGUGAUGAUGGCGAUGGGAAUUCGGUGGCGUCAGGGUUCACUAAUGCCGUUGAGGAGGAAGAAGAGGAGGAGGAGGAGGAUGCCGGGGAAGAGGCGCUGAGGUACCUCGAAUGGGAGAUUCUCUUGGCGGUUAACAAUUCGGAGAGGAAUGUGAAUGGUGUGUUGGAGCACGAGGGCAAUGCUGUUGGUGGUGCUGAUUUCUUAACAAUUCAGGAUGGUUAUGUGUAUGCCGCAGAGUAUGAUGUUUUGUUCGGGCAGUUUCUUGAGAAUGAGAGUGCCUUGAAGGGAAGCCCUCCGGCUGCGAAGAGUGUUGUGGAGAGUCUCCCGUUGGUGGAGUUGUCGAAGGAGGAGUUGUUGCAGGGGAAGAACGUGGCGUGCGCCAUUUGCAAAGAUGAGAUUUUGUUGGAGGAGAAGGUCCGGAGGUUGCCUUGCUCGCAUUGUUAUCACGGGGACUGCAUUUUUCCGUGGUUGGGCAUUCGCAACACGUGCCCGGUUUGUCGGUUUGAGCUGCCCACAGAUGAUCCGGACUAUGAGCAGGGGAAGGUCAAUAGGGCUGCUCGUGGUCUGUUGGAGCUUGCGGCAGCACGGAUGCAAUUUUGACUUGUCUGUUGUUGCUUCAGGUUAUACACUCGGUCUUAUGUAUAUAGCAGUUUGCUUUGUCUCAUACAACUGAUGAUGAUGAUGAGAACAAAUCUUUUGUAAGUAGUUUUCGUGUUGUGGUGGUUUUGGAAUAAGUUUCAUACCAUGUUGCAUGCUCUGGAUAUACCCAAAAUGAAUGCCUGUCAAUACUCAGUUUAUAUUCAAAUAAUUAAAGUGUACAGCAAGAAGGACCAUGUUAAUGGUUUACUGUUCCUUUUAAUGAAAUUCUGUUAUAAUUUUUGGAUUUAUGAAGUUCUGUGUUCAGAA